UCCAAACCCUUCCUGAUUCCCACACUCGCGAAAAAUAUCUCCAAAUCCCAAGCUAAAAUUAACGAAAUCCUAUGUACUAAAACUGAAAUUCAAACUCACAGAAAACAACUAAACCCUAGAUUUGAUGGCGUCGAAGAAGAAGCAAUUGGAAGGAAUUGCCUUGCUUUCUAUGUACAACGACGAUGAAGACGAGGAGGAGAUGGAAGACCUCGAACAACAACAACAGCAACAACAACAUGACGAUGAAAAUCGAGAGGCAAUUAGUUUAGAGCAAGAUUCGAGAAUGGACGUUGGUGAUGAUACAGUCGCUGGCGACGAGACUUCAACACCGCAACGGCCUCUGAUAUCCCCCAAGCAACACGUGGCUUCUUCUGAUUCAAGGAGAAGUGGAAGAGGGAGGUUGACUAUUGUGGACUAUGGGCACGACGAGGUUGCCAUGUCACCUGAACCAGGGGAAAGGGAAAUUGACCUUCAAAAUGCUAAUGAUGAUUUCCGAGAAAGGACACCUAUGCAAACUCUUCAGGUUUUGACACCUGGUGUUCAAAGAACUCCUCAAUCAACAGAGCAUUUUGAUCAAUCACAACCUGAUGCAAUGAAUUAUUCUCUGACAGAAUCAGAAGCUGUGGUAGUUCAUGAGACUGUUGAGGUUACAGAAGAAGAAGUUGAUCUGUUAGAUAAGUUUCUCCCUCCACCACCAAAAGCCAAGUGCUCAGAGGAGCUGCAGAGGAAGAUAGACAAAUUUCUAGGUUUAAAGAGAAUUGGAAAAAGCUUCAAUGCAGAAGUUCGGAAUAGGAAGGAAUAUCGGAAUCCAGACUUCUUACUGCAUGCGGUGAGGUAUCAGGAUAUUGAUCAGAUAGGGUCUUGCUUCAGUAAAGAUGUAUUUGACCCUCAUGGAUAUGACAAAAGCGAUUACUAUGAUGAAAUAGAGGCUGACAUGAGGCGUGAAAGAGAAAGAAAGGAUCAAGAAAUUAAAAAGAAUCAGAAGGUUGAAUUUGUUGCAGGAGGAGUGCAACCUGGAAUUGUUUCUGCUGCCCCAAAACCUAACCUACCUAUUCCAGCUGCGGUGUCUGGUUUGAAUCCAGUGCUGAAUGCAACUGAUGCUGUUGCAAGGGAUGGUAGACAAAACAAGAAAUCAAAGUGGGACAAGGUGGAUGGUGAUAGAAGGAAUACUCUAUCUACGGUGGGGCAGGAUGCUCUAUCUGCAGCUGGGGCUCACGCAGCAAUUUUAUCUGCUGCUAAUGCUGGCUCUGGGUACUCUGCUUUUGCACAACAAAGACGGAGAGAAGCAGAAGAAAGAAGAUCUAGUGAAAGGAAGUUGGACAGAAGAUCUUAAUCCGUUUAUAGAGGCGCUAAUUUGGGACAAAAUUACUGACUUCUGGCAUGAUUGUGUUUAGGCUUCUUUCAGCUUCAAAGUCCUCUCCCUCCCCCACAAAUAUGAGUGGUGUAUGUUACAAGCUCCGGUGCUGAAAAUGAUUUGGAAAAAAAUAAAAUUGUACGGGAAUCCCAAGAUGCAUGCUGGGAGGGGACGGCAUUUGUAUUAUUGGCAGUCUUAACAGCUGUUGUCAACAUAUCUGCACUCCAAUGGCGCUUUUAGAGGAAAGCAAUUGCAGAAAUAGUUGUGUUGAAAAUGGAUAUUCUUGCUUUCCAGCUUUAUACGGGACCCUAGUGUGGAUGAAAAAGUUGAGUUGAAUUGCCAAAGAAGACGUAUAUUCAGGACAAAAUCACAAAAGCAAUAUUUUAUAUCGACUCAAAAGCAUAUCAUAUUCCAAUCUAUGGCCGAAAGAAAUGCUAUUAUUCAAAAGAAAUAUUGGAGGGCCCACGCUAUUUUACCGAACACGUGAUCGUCCGUGGACUUAUGAAUAAUUAGAUAUACCGUCCAACGCAGGACAAUGUUAAGCUCAACUCUUAUUUUAAUGCAUACUAGAAGUUAAUUUGUUUUAACUGUUAACAAAGAUUAAUAAAAUUUUCUGGGACAAUUAAGAUGAUA